AAAAAAGCCAUUUCCCUCGCAUAUCUAACCAGUCUGUCAUAAUAUGGUUGAAAGAGGUCCUGACCAGUGGUUGGAGCAGAUCAAAAAGUGCAAAGCGCUAUCCGAGUCCGACAUGAAGGAGUUGUGCGAGAAGGUAAAGGAGUUGUUGAUGGAGGAGUCCAAUAUCCAGCCGGUGCAGUCACCCGUGACAGUGUGCGGGGACAUUCACGGCCAGUUCCACGACCUUUUGGAAUUGUUCAGGGUCAGCGGUGGGCUCCCUGACAGUAUCAACUACAUAUUCCUCGGCGACUAUGUCGACAGAGGCUACUUUUCGUUGGAGACAUUCACACUCUUGAUGGUGUUAAAGGUAAAGUACCCAAACCGCAUCACCUUGGUCCGAGGCAACCAUGAGUCCCGACAGAUCACCCAAGUGUAUGGCUUCUACGAGGAGUGCUUGACAAAGCAUGGUUCCACCACCGUCUGGAAGUACUGCUGUCAGGUGUUUGACUUCCUCACCUUGGCGGCCAUCAUCGACGGUAAGAUUCUCUGCGUGCACGGAGGCUUGUCUCCGGAAAUCCGAAUGUUGGACCAGAUCCGUGUCUUGUCGCGCGCGCAGGAGGUGCCCCACGAGGGUGGCUUCUGCGACUUGGUGUGGUCCGACCCAGACAACGUGGACACGUGGGCCGUAUCGCCGCGUGGGGCCGGGUGGCUCUUUGGCGCAAAGGUUUCACGCGAGUUCAACCACAUCAACAACUUGCAGUUGAUCGCGAGAGCGCACCAGUUGGUCAUGGAAGGUUUCCGGUACCACUUCAAGGAAAAGGACGUGGUCACGGUAUGGUCCGCGCCCAACUACUGCUAUCGCUGCGGGAACGUCGCCAGUGUCAUGAAGGUGGGCGAGGACUUGAAGCCCGACUUUAAGAUCUUCACCGCCGUGCAAGAUGAUAUCACCAGAAACCAAACCAAAACCCGAAGCGAAUACUUCUUGUAAGUUUCUAGCCGCCUCUCUGGCGCGUCCACCUACCACUCGCUGCAGCCCCCUAUCCGUCUAGAACCCUUCUCUAAUGCCUUUCUUUUAUUCUCUAUGAUGUUACGUUUUAAGCCGGUUGCUUAUGAAAGCAUGCAUUGUGUAUAUUUAAUUUAAUGUUUACUUCCUAGAGAGCAAUAGGGGGUAUAGUAUGAAUUGGUACGUCCCACAUCUGGCGAUCGGCAGAGUGCUUUGCGUAGACUGUUAUCGGACAUUGUUGAACGAAUGGGAUCACGGGAUGCUAGCGGUAUUUUCGUGUUGAUCCACUUUGUCUCCUACUCGAUAAGAUUUUUGCUAUAUCCGUAAAAC